AUGUCGAACCAAACUCAACAAACAGACUUUGUUCCAAGACUAAAAAUAUUCACUUUAAAAAAUUUUAUUAUUUUUAAAUAAAAAAUAUAUACAUAAUCAUAAAUAUAAUUCAUAAAUCAUGCUGAAAUAUGAUAUCACAACUUAUUAUUGUGCACACUUACAUAAGGUAUAUUAUUUUUUUUUGUUCCAAAAAGAUAUGGUCUACAAUAUUCUCCUCCUUCAAUUACACUUGAAUAUUUUGUGCCUUCCAAAAAGAAACUCUAUCAUCACAAAAUGGAGCUAAGAGAACUUGAUCCAGCCCAUGAUCCUGCUGAUUGGUUGGAUUAUCUAACUAUUUUAUAGGUAAAUCCUAUAAACUGCCUUAUAAGGGCAGGAAAUUGGAGCUGGAAUCUCUCCAGUUGUUGGACCAACUCAGUCUGGUCAAACUAAUUGGAGAGUUGGCAAAGGGACCUCUCUCCAGUUGGUCUGACAACCUCAGCUGGUCCAGCAACUGAAGGAUUUCCAGCUCCAGUAUCCUGCCCUUAUAGGGCAAUUUAUAGGGUUUGCCUAUGUCUAUUUGAACAAACAAUUAUUUAACUGAUUGAUUUAAUUUAAGAUCUCUUAUAUUCUUCAUUAGCAAUAAUUUUGAUAAUCAAUAGAGUGCGUUGAUAUCAAUUUUUCUGAUAAGGGUUAAUUAAAUAUUACAAAUAAGCUAUAAAUUUUAAAUGUACUUAUUAGAAUAAUUUGCAUAUGCAUGGUAUGCUAAAUAGGCAAUAGUAUUUCUCCUAAGCAAGCAAUAAUUGUGCUGGAGCUAUAUAGGAUACCUUUGAAUAAUAUUUGCACAUGAAACUCGUUAUAAAACGGAUGGAGUAAGGCAAAAUCAUGGAUUAUAUAUAGAUCCACGAAUUGUAGAUGAAUCACAGUUAAUUAAUUUAAUUGAACAUCUUCAAAGCCAGAUUUCUUAUGGGGGGAUUGAUUUUAACAAUCUUUCUCCUGACUCCCUCAAUUAAAUUAGAGCCAUAAAAUCUGUCACAAAAUUUAGCAGAAUAAUUUUUAUUUUAAAAAAACUUUACAAAAAAAGUUACGAUCUGAAAUAUAUAUUUAAUGUAUUUUAUGGAGAUUUCAUUCAUAAAAUUAAUCAAUUCAGGGUACCAAAUUCUUAUAGAUUAUCCUGCCUUAAUUACCUCCAUAUAAUAGAUCAAAACUCUGUUUAGAUAACUUAUUAAUUCAUAUAUAAAUUUCCGUUGAAAAAUUAUUUGCUCUAAUUUAAAGGGGGCUAAUUUACCCAAAAAUGAAAAUUUUAUGGAUAUUUUGCCCCAAUUUAAGGGUGGAGUGAGGAAAUUGAAGAAUAUAAGAGACAAGUUGAUGAAAUGAAUAAUUAUGGUCAGAAUGAAAAUUAUUACUUAUAUGGAAAUCAAGAAGAGUAUUCUGAUGAAGAAGAGGCUAGCGAUUUAGAAAUUGAUUUCGAUUUUAAAUUAAAAUAA